GUGUGUGUGUGUGUGUGUGUGUACUAUAGUGUGUAACACACUGACGGUGCGCCGGUGCCGCGUCAUGGCGGGAGUCGGGCUCGGGGGUUCGGACCAGGAGCGGAGAGCUGGGGAGGAAAGUGAAAGUGAAAAUCCAGCGGAGAGAAAAGAGGGAGAAGAGAAAGAAGAAGAGAGAGAAGAAGAGAGAGACCAGGGAGAGGAGAGAGAGGAGGAUCGGAGGGACUGGAGCCUCGACAAUCACUGGGGCUUCGGUUUAGAGGGAAUAUUCGGUCUCGCGCUUAAGUUUUUUAAAGAGAUGAACGGCAAGGCUUUCCACCCGACAUAUGAAGAAAACCUGCUGUUCGUUGCGCUUCAGAAACAAAUUUUCCUCGGUCCUUAUAAUCCAAAGGUUUGUCCUGAGAUCGGGUUCUUCGAUGUUCUUGGAAAUGACAGAAGGAAAAAAUGGGCAGAGCUGGGCAGCACGGCUAAAGAGGAUGCCAUGAAGGAGUUUGUGAAGCUUCUGAACUCCUGCUGUAGUCGCUUUUCUCCCUACGUCACGUCUCAUAAGAUCGAGAAGGAGGAACACGAGAGGAGAUUAAAAGAGGAAGAGGAGCGUCUCAGGGCGGAAAGAGAAGAGCGACAAAAGCAAGAAGAAGAGGAGAGGAGGAGACAGGAGGCUGAACGUUCACAAAGCAUCCAGCAGAAGCAACAAGCCACGGUUGCUCUGAAUGUAUCGCCACCGUUUCGGCAGAAUGCACAGACCCCGAGCACUAAAAGCUCAGAACAUCAGCCUCCAGAGCAGCAUUCUCCAGAGAGCCCACAGCGAGCCCACCACACACACCCAGUCAAACAGCAGGACACGGCUGACGCACCAUCCCCAGAUUCAAAUGACGUGUCGUCAGUAACCGAUCCCAUCAGCCCGUCCGAGUCGUCGUGGAAGAUAAAGUCUGAAGGAAACCCCAAACAAUAUCAUCUGUUCAUAGAAAGCAAUUCAGGAGACUUACCCAUCAUGGCUCCGUCCAUGUGGACGACGUCUCAGGUGAACGAAUUUAAGCAGAAGACGCAGCAGGACGCGGAGUCCGUGGUCACAGUCGGGAGGGGCGAGGUGCUAACCGUGCACAUCCCGACUCGCGACGAUGGCUCGACCUUCUUCUGGGAGUUCGCCACGGAUUCCUACGACAUCGCCUUUGGCUUGUACUUCGAGUGGCCGAGCUCAGUAAAUGGUGCGAGAGCUGAGUCUGUAUCUGAAGCCCAACAGGCAGGCGUGGCUGAAGAGGCGAAUCGAACGUCCGAGAAGAAAACCAGACAAAGCGUCGCCCCUCGGGUUAGCGAGGUGGUGCCACUCUUCCGUGGGGACAGUCACGAGAACGUCUACGCAGGCAGUCACCAGUACCCAAGUCAUGGAGUUUACCUGCUCAGAUUCGACAACUCUUAUUCACUCUGGAGGUCAAAGGUCGUGUAUUACAGAGUCUACUACACCAGAUAGACUAAUUACAGACACACCUAGAUCUCACAAAGUUCGGGCUUUUUAAACUCCUCACACACAACAUCAUAAAGUUUCUAAAGAAGUUAGAGUGGUUAGACAAACAGCACAGUGUGUGUAGACCGGCCUAAUCCCUGCUUAUCUUUCAGAUGAAAAGAAGGAGAGACAGAAGGCUGGGGCAAAGUCCAGUGCUGCUUGGUUUACUAGAGGUUAAACAGAUCAGAAAUAAGCAUUAAACAUGACAAACAAGAAGGCAGCAAAAUACUUCUAGAUAUUAUUAAAAUGUUUAUUUGAAAAAUUAUGGAAGUGAAAAUACUACAGAUUUCAUUAUUACACUAGGGUUGUGUUGAGCUCUAAAGAAAUCCAGUGCAGUAGAAAAUUACAGCACUGUGCAAAAGUCUUGACCCCCACCUCAUCUCUUCAUACUUUGCAUUCAGACUCAUAGCUUGAGCCAGACUUUCUUGUAUUUUAAGUGCAGCCUCGAGGAAAAGUUCUCCAGGCUUUUUGUCUCUCAUCAUAUUCACUCCAGUCGCUGUACCUGAGCAGUCCAGAGGAAUGUUCUUUGUUUGUUAACUCACACAGUGAUCUGUGAAUCAUUCAAGUGUAAAAAACAUCUACAUUACGUCCUGACCCAGUGAGAAACAGGAGCAGAUGAUGAGAGAUGAUCAGGAGGUGAUUAGUAACUGAUGAUGGUUGGAACAGACGAGAGGGGAAAUGAGGUCGCUGCUUACUAUACAUAAACAACCGAUUUUUAAAUCGUAUCUUUAGGCCCUGUUCCAGAUUCUUCACUUUAAUCUACAACAUUUAAUUUUAUUUAAUAUGAAGCAAUGAGUGCUCGAGACUUUUACACAGUACUGCAUGUCAAAAGCUAAAAAAAAUGAAAUUGUGCUAAACUAUACCAUACUAUAAACGUGAGUAAACCACACUGCCUUGAAAGUUGUACAUGUAUUAUUCCCAUUAUUUAAAUAAUGAAUUUUUGAGAACAUUUGAGAUUCCAUUUACACCUAGAUACGUUCUCUCCAGAACGUUGUCCUGACAGCUCCUUGGACUUCAUGAUGCUGUUUGUUAAGCUGUGUUCUCUUAUAAACUCUGGGGUCUUCCAGUAACAAGUGAAUUUCUACUGCAGUCAUGUGACACUUUACUUAAACUCCAUUAUUUACCUUUAAGUCUUCCAAAACAGUAUUGGUGCUGAUUAGAUUUAUUUUUAUGUAAUACAUAUAAUACAGACAAUGUGAGUGACCAAAGAAGCUGAUAUUAAAGUUUAUGCAACAUGGAAGGGAUCAAUCUCACUUCCCAAAAAUGUCAAGUUCAUAAC